AGCAUUAUGCGUUAGUAAAAUUAAAUUCAAAGCAGUUUUUUUGUAGUUCAACUGAAAAACGUAUAACGUGCGUGAAUUAAUUUUUCAUGAAUUAUUUGAUCUGUAAUUUGAACAGAACAAAUUGAAUAGGACUUCGCAUAGUUAUCGCUUUUAUGCAAUUUUUGGAUUGGACGUGAUCACAGUAGAGAGAUCAUUUAGCUCACAAAGUAUAAAAUGGAGGUUAUUCCCCGCGAAUACAAACGGAACAAUGUGAACUUUUUCUCCCUUUCAAUCGCCGAUGACCAGGUCAAGAAUUUCUUCGGGAGAGAUGCCUCAUCCCAAACUGAGGUCACCGAAAUCAGUGACCUCCAGCAGAUGACAGCUGUCAUCAUGCAACUGGUGAAAGACUCUCGCUUCCUCAAGCGUGAACUCAUCCUCUCCCGGCAGUCUCUCGAAGCCGAGUAUGCCUCUCGACUCAAAGAGAAAGCGGAUGAGUUGUAUCUGCGUUGCAAUGAGAAAGUCUCGGAGCUAGAGGCGAUCCACGAGGAGAAAGUAUCAAUUAUUAGAAGGAGUUUCAAACAGCAGUUAACGGACGCUUUGAUAUCUCAAAGUGCGCACGGAAUGCUGAACCAACCGAAGCCAAAAGAAGAGAAGAAAAAACAGGCAGGCAAGGAUAAGUUACUGGAAAUGAAACUACAAGUUGAAACUUUGGAAAAAGAAAUUAAGGAUCUAAAAGAGGACAUCGAAAUGUUAAACCAGGAGAACGCGGAGCUGAGGCGUCUUUUAGAACAACAGGCAAAUGAGCCGAAAAUAAGUCAAGAGGACAUUGACAAGUUGGAAGACCAACUGGCAAAAGAACGCGACAAAAUCCGAGAGCUAGAAGACCAGUUAAGUCGCUCGGCUGGAAACACAGAGGCACUGAAGGCUACAAUCGAUCAGCAGACUGAAAAGAUCAACAAUUUGUUGACAAAAAAACAGGGCUUGGAGGAGAAAAUUGAAGAAAUGAAGGCGGAAAUUGAACGCGAGAAAGAAAAUAUGCGAGCUACUAUCGAGAAGCUUCAGGCUGAUUUUGAAAAAGAAAAGGCUGAACAAAUUGAGAAAGUGAAACAAAAAGUGAGAGAAAAAUUAGAGAGAGAAUUCGAAGCAAAAAUGAAACAAGAAAAAGAAGAGCUGGAAAAGUUGCGGAAAGAGAAAGAAGAAAUGGCGCAUGUAUUCAAAAUGCAGCUGGAAGCGAGAGAUAAACAACAUGCUGCUGCUCUGAGUAAGUUCAAAAAAUCAGAGCGGAUGCUCAAAACACAAUUGGAACGAGCUCAAAAAGAACUGGAAUACAGCGAAAAAUCAUGGGCUAAACGUCUACAAAUUCUGCAAGAUUCGAAUCAAGCGAUUCGCGAAGAAGUCCAGACACGAAGCUCAAUGAAGCGGUAUGUUUUGAAGCUAAAACAUGCAGAGGUGUUGUACAAGACUGACGAUCCGAGGUACUACCUGCCGACCCCAGCACCCCUUCCUGACAUCCCGCCGAGUGGACCAAUUUCAAGGUCGGUCACAAAAGAACGAGGAAAAGUUACAUUCCAAGAAGAUGCAGAAAGUGUGACGUUGUCAUAUAACAGUGACAAGCCCCCCUCGCUGGAGGGACGGAUGGAGGAUGAGUUUGAUCAAGGUGGGGAGGGUUCGGAGAGGUACGAGGGUGUGGUUGAUAAAGAGACAGCGAAAAUACUCGAAGAGUAUUUCUAUCUGCCGACUGAUCCUAGAUUGUCAUAAGUUUUAUGAAAACAACAAAUUGGCCUAAGGGUUUUAAAUCUUUGUUGAUUUUAUUUUAGUAUAAUAAUUAACUUCUGAUGCGUCGUAA